UAACGAAAGAAAAAAAAUCGACUGUCUUCUUUACUGAUGCUGCUACAUCCUAUAGGAUGAACUUUCAUUGCAAAACGCCACAGUGUUUCUCCUGUUCGAAAAGAAAAACAUUCACCGUGGCCGCAUAGUAUAGCUAAAUAGCUGCAGAACACCACUCUCUAUUAGUCUACUGCUGGUGACUACUAAAGUUUGUCUAGUUGGCGUUUAGUAUUAACGACAAUAUCGAGCUUGUGCAUCCGAAGACAAAUAAAAUCCUUUCAACCAUGAAAGAAUUUUAGAAAAGCGUACACUAGUAGGCUGUGAAAAUAUCGGACUGGAUUGGCUUAAAGGGGUAAUAAGAAACAAGGAAAAAUCAUGGUUAAGCCUACUCCGAUGGAAGAGAAGCUCAAGUAUUCGCUGCUGCGAGACUUGAACGAUAGCCAGAGUAUAUGGACCAGAAACGAGAAACGAACAUGGUUUCUGACGCUGCUGGCCGGAACCUGCAUGCUGUACUCAACGCGAACCACUAUGCCCCUACUGGUUCCAGCAGUAGCAUCCGAACGCAAAUGGAGCAAAACGGACUCCGGGACGGUGUUAAGUUCAUUCUUCUGGGGAUACACGCUAACCCAGGUGCUGGGAGGCUAUCUUAGUGAUAAAUUCGGCGGACAGAAGGUGGUACUGCUGUCCGCCAUCGGUUGGUCUCUCAUCACAUUCUGGAUGCCAAACAUCAUCACAUCGGCGUCGUACCUAUCGAGCUAUUCGAUUCCGUUCAUUGUGGCCGUCCGCAUCGUGAAUGGAGCCUGCCAGGGAGUGCAUUUCCCCAGCAUGAUUAGCAUCACUAGUCAAAACCUGAAUGCGUCGGAGCGAACGAGCUUCUUCAGCAUUCUCACGUCCGGAUCGGCACUGGGUACCCUACUGACCGGUAUCCUCGGGUCGUUCAUUCUAGACUACUUCGGAUGGCCGACCGUGUUUCGGGUCAUUGGAUUCCUGGGGUUGUCGUGGACACUGUUUUUGCGAUACUACACCAUGGCUACCGAUCGGAACCGGAUCAUCAAUCUGUCGCAACCAAGUCGGAUUUGUUCGAAGUUGGGCCACUCGGAAACGGUUCCUUGGCUGAAGCUGUUCGGCAGGACAUCCUUCUGGGCCUGCGUUCUGUCGCAUGCCUGCGAGAUGAAUUGCUUCUUUGUGCUGCUGUCCUGGCUACCGACGUAUUUCCACGAAAAUUUUCCACAUGCUAAGGGUUGGGUGGUGAACAUGAUUCCCUGGCUGGCCCUACCGCCCGUUACCAUCCUGGGCAAAGCGCUCACCGAAGCACUGAUCUCACGACAGUGGUCCCUGACAAAGAUCCGGAAGCUUGUGCAAAGCUUCUGCUUCCUCGGACAGAACGCCGCUCUGUUCAUCAUGUGUCACACCGAACAGUUCAACACUGCCCUGGCAUGCAUGUCAAUUAUAAUCGGCCUAUCCGGUUUUCACAACAACGCCGUUACCGUAAACCCCCAGGACCUAGCACCGAGCCACUCUGGAAGUGUAUUCGGUCUCAUGAACACCGUAGGAGCGAUCCCAGGAUUUCUGGGCGUCUACCUGGCAGGGCACAUUCUCGAACUUACACAAAGCUGGUCGGCCGUGUUCAGUACGGCAGCGGCCAUCAACACCGUCGGGUGGUUCGUCUUCACAAUCUUUGGAAGUGCCGAAGCGAUUAUUUAGGAGGAACAAACUUGAACCAGACGCGACGCGGAGGAUGAUCGGGGACGAUGGAAGACUUAGCGAAUUUUUUAACAAUUGUGUAUUUAUAGAUAUGGUGAAUAAAAUCCGUGACUCAUUCCUAGCUGCAAUUGAAAAUGUACCAAAACUGCGCUCUCGUCGAAGCGACGCGAGGUGCGAGACCGGAUUGGGUCGAAUAAAAUUUGUGAGCAUGAACAAUUUCCAGAAUAAAUCAUUUAAAACUGUAUCGUGAACGUA